AUGACGCAAUCCAAGGCUUGUGUUGACUACGCUAAUCGAGAGAUAAAUCUUGGAAACUCCGGAAAAUUCGACAAGGAAGACUUCACAUUAGUGGUUCAACCUUUCUUCAGAGAUAUCACGACACCACCAAUGAAAGAUGGAAAGAUAAAUAUGGGUUUUUUUGCACCUGACUGUUUCCAUUUCUCGCAAUAUGGCCAUGCUAUUGUAACAACUUGGCUAUGGAAGAAUAUUAUGGAACCAGUUGGUGCAAAAACUACACAAGGAAGCCUUACCAAUGCUGCGAUACCGCUGGCUUGCCCGGAUCCAAACUGUCCAUUCAUCCGCACAAAUCUAAACAGCAAAAACUGCACCCAAUACAUGACUCCAAGUCAAUAA